AUGGAAACUCCAGAGGAGUGUCUUCUGCUCGAGGACCUAAGUCAAGUAAUGAUUCAAAGUAAUUCAAAUACAGAACUAGUAGAUGCUGAAGGUGAUAGUACUCUAAAUACCCCACCACCAGAAAACGGGGAUGCUGAUGGUGUUCCUCUUCUGGGUCUGGACUUAGUCACUCAAUGCAAUUCAUCUUCACAGGAAGACAACAGUGAUGAUGGUCUUAUCCCACAGUUCAUGGAUUGUAUAAAAGUGCUUGAGAAGGAGAACGAGAUUCUUGUCCCCAUGGUUUCAAGUCAUGUGGACAAAUAUCUUAAAGCCAUGCUUGACUCCGAAUCCAAACCAGAGCUGUCGCCACCGCCACCAGAACUUUAUCCUGACGUCAACAUGGUGGUGGAUGCACUGCCAUCAGGAAUCGUCACGCGCCUUAGCGACACCGCGAAGCAAAUGAUGGAAGCCGGGUUUGAGCGGGAAUGCUGUGACGCGUACAGCAAAUGGCGAAGAGAGUUUCAAGAACAGUGUCUGUCUGCACUUGGGUUGAAAUUGCAAGAGCUCAAGAUAGAGGACUUUGAGAAUUGGAUAAAAACUUGCAAGGCAGCGGUAAAGAUAAUGUUUCCCAAUGAAAGGAGACUCAGCAAUAUUGUCUUCUCGGGGUUUCAUAGAGCUGCGGACGUCUCUUUCACGGAGGUUUGCAUGAAAUUGACGAUUUGUCUAGUGAGUUUUGCCGAUACCAUCAUAACAACAACAACAACGACAACAACUGAUCAGAGUUAUUUGCUGCCAAAUUUUUUGUCCAGUGUCAUUCCUGAAAUGUCGAAAUCAUUGCAUGAGCUGAAUCAGGAGUCACUCUUACACGGAUUUUGUAAGGACGGUAUCUUGCUCGAAGCUGAUGUGAAGAAGGUUCAUGAAAGAUUUGAAAUUUUUAAGGCGUUUGCAAAUCUUAUUUACAUUAAUACUGCUCAGGAAACUGUCGCCGGUGGAGGAGGGCUUCAUCUGAUUACCCAGCAAGCAACGAACUACAUCGAUCAUGUUUGUGAAUCUUUCGGAGAAACUGUCCGAGAAUACAAGAUUAUUCCUGGAAGAGAGGGAAAAUCUUCAUUUUCUGAGCUGCUAGCCAGGAUGAUAGAGUUGUUAGAGAGCAUUUUGGAAACCAAGUCCAGAGACGACUACACUGACCCUGCAUUGGGCUAUGUUUUUAUGAUGAAUAAUCUCUGGUACAUUGGACAAGAGGCAUGUAAAUGGAGAUCCCUUGUGGACGGAAGAACCAUAUUAGAUGAUCAUUGGUUCCAACAAAACACAACAAAGGUGGAACAAAACUGUAAACUCUAUCAAAGAAGCUCAUGGAAUAAGAUGCUGGACAUUUUGAAGCUAGAGGGAAACGAGUCAGUGGCGCCACCUAAUGUGGUAGCAGAGUCAAUGAAAGAUAAGCUCAAUUUGUUCAACCUACAGUUUGAGAAGAUAUACUUCUUUCAAUCUACAUGGAUUCUCUCUGAUCAUAAGCAACUAAGGGAACAAGUUAUAAAUUCCAUAGACAGCACCUUGUUGCCAGCAUAUGGAAAAUUUAUUGACAGGUUUCAGGAUGUUCUUGGUGAGCGUGCUUGUGAGUAUAUUGAGUAUGGAAUUGUAGACAUUCAAAAUCGUCUCAGCUGUUUGUUUCUUCUAAGUGAGUAG